UGCACCUAGAAACUUCUAUUGUUAAGUUCUUACUCCUAUUCACUCACCAAGUUGUUACGUACAACUUCAAUUAAAUUAUGUUACUCUUUACCAUAUUGUUAAUGACACAAUAAUUAUUAAAACAAUAUCAGUAAUUAAUUAUUUCAAAACUUUCCUUCAUUGUUCAAAAAAAAAAAAAUUGCCAAGCAUUCAAAUGAUGAAAACACGGUGAUGCUCGUUACCUCGUCAUGCACAUACGGAUAAAUAUUUACAUUAAAAAAAUAUAACAAAAUUAUAUUUAUUUAUAAAUAUAUAUAUUUAUAAAAAUGGAUUUUGGUGAAUUACUUUCAGUUGCUCAAAAAAAUAGUUCUACUAAACAGAAUGUAUCGUAUUAUCCAAGUAAAUUUACACCACCAAAAAAGGAAGUGAAGCAGUCGAAAACUUUGUCGGAGAAUAUUAAAAAAUUCUUAGCACGAAAAGAAGAAGAGGAAAAAAGAAAAUCAUUGGAUGAAAAGCGUAGAAAAGAGAACUUGCUAUCACUGAGGGAUCAUAAAGCUCAAAGUAGAAUAAAUAAACAUCUAAAAAUAUGCAAAGCUGCUAACAAGUCCGUAUUAGCUGACGCUAUUAAUCAUGAAGACACUGCUGUUACUAUUGCUGGUCCGUCGCAGCCAGAUGAAGAUGACUAUGGUUACGUAUCACAAGAAGCUUCUGCAUUUUAUGAUAAAUUAAUGAACAAAUACCAAAGUCUACCUCCAGAAAAGCCUUUGUUCGCAGAGAGUGGAAAAAAAAUAGUUAAAGAUAUCGCGUCGACUAAAGAUCGAGUCAAGCAGGCGCUGAAACAACAAGAGUUGGACGCAUCGCUGCCACACAGACGUAAAAGAAAGUCUGAGGCAACUGGACGGAGUGAUCGUGAAUCUCAUGAUAAUUCAAAUGAUCGUGAUAGUUAUAGUAAUAAUAAUAAUAAUAGUAAUAAUAGUAAUAGCAGCCGUAAUGGCGAAGAUGAGAAACCUAAAGCUAAAAAACGUCCGCUGCCGCCGCCGAUUGAUUUCAUGUCUCUUUUAAAAUUAGCUGAGCAAAAACAGCAUGAGCCGGUGGUAAUUGAACCUAAAGUUAAACCCAAGGAAGACACGGUUCGUCCGAUGACGAAGAAACAGAAGAAAGAAUACAUGAAGGAAAAAGAAUGGAAAGACAAAAGGGAACGGGAAAAAAACGGUGACGUCAAAACUUCAGGAUCUAGUGAUAAGAGUUCAGUUAAAAGUAGUUCGGCAUCAACGUCAUCGUCGUCGUCGUCGUCAUCGAUGACGCCGAGUAAAAAUUUGAAAUUGAAUGGCAAUAAAGUCUCGAGUGCUGAUAAAAAUGAUAGGACGGAUAGAGAUAGAACGUCGGAUAAAAGUGAUAGAGUCGGUGAUAAAAAUGAUAGGAUGUCAUCUAAAUCAACUCCUGUUUCUAAGAAAACAAGCGAUAAAAAUAAUGAAAAGUCUGUGAGCAGUAAAAUUAAUCCUAAGGAUGAAAUUUUAGAGGAGAGACGUAAAUUAGAAGCUGAGAAACGGGAAAUUGAAAAUAUGAGACGAGUUCUUGAAGAGGAGAGAAGAAAAUUGGCGAUGAUUAAAAAUAAAAAACCAGAUGAUCGUUUGUCUACUUCUGGUGCAAAUAAAAAUAAUGGUAGUAAUAAUAGUAACAAUAACAAUAAUUUGAAAAGUAGUAGUGGCAGCAUUAGUAGUAGCAGUAAUGGUAAAUUUAAUGGUAGAGAUGAUAGAGACGGUAAAUUAAAAAUGGACAAACGUAUUGACGGGAAGACAAAUAAAUUUCCACCAGAUGUUAGACCACGACAAUUUCCUCCAGCUGAUGUCAAGCCAAGACAGUUUCCACCUGGUGAUGUUAAACCAAGACAAUUUCCUCCCGCGGAUGUCAAGCCGAGACAGUUCCCUCCAGCUGAUGUUAAGGCACGGAAUUUCCCCCCAAGUGUUAAGAAAAAUGGCAGUAAGCUUCCGAUUAACAAACGGAGAAUUUAUGAUGAUGAUGAUGAUGAGGAAGAAUAUGAUUCUGAGCUGGAUGAUUUUAUUGAUGAUGAUCCGCAAGAAGGUUCUGAGGAUUACAGCAAAUAUAUUAGUGAAAUAUUUGGGUAUGACAAAAGUAAAUACUCAAACUUUGAUGAUGAUGACGCUAAUAUGGAGAGUAAUUAUGCACAGCAGCUUAAAGAAGAAUUUGUAUCAACUAAAAUUGGUAUAAUGGAAGAUUUAGAAGACAUAAGACAAGAAGCGCUUGAGAAGAAACGUAAAGCUAGUAUGUUGAAGAAAAUAAAAAAAAAGUAGAAGUAAUUUUGUAAGUAAUUAAAUAAAUUUUAAUUAACUUUAAUAUAAAUUAAAAUGAAAAAAGAUAAAAAAUUAUUUUUUAUUCGAGUGUUUAUAAAUAUUAAUAAAAAAAAAUAUAUGUAUAAAUUAUACGAAAAUUAGAGUCAUGGUCGAAUAAAAAAAUAGGGUUUUUUACAAUUUUUUUCAUGCAAUGUGUAAAAAAAAAUUUGAUAGAUUUUAAAUUAAUAUAAUCAACAAGUUAUAAUUAUUUUAAGAAUAAUUAUGUCUGUUUAAAAUAUAAAACUAAUAUUUUCACACUUAAAAUUCCUAUAGUAAU